AUGGCAAUUCCCUGGAUUUAUCCCGUUCGGGUCAUUCAGGUCAUCUUCGCCAUUAUUGUUCUCGGCUUGACCGCGUAUAUCAUCAGCCUUUGGCAAGGCAGCGACACCGUCAAUCUUAUGCUCUUCAAUGGCAUCUGGACGGCGUUUUUCGCAACGCCCUAUCUUGCCCUCGCCCCGUUGUACUUUCCUGACCUCGCACAUCGGUUGGUCAUCCCGGCCGUCGAGGUGGUUACCAUGAUCUUUUGGUUCGCCGGGUUCAUUGCUCUGGGUGCUUUACUGCCGGCCCCAGACUACUGUCACUGGAGCGCUUGCAACUCGGCGCAAGCGGCAACGAUAUUCGGGGCGUUCGAGUGGGCAUUGUUCGUGGCCACGAGCGUGGUUUCCGUUCUUGGCGCUCUGCGAUCUAGAUCGAGCUCUCCCAGUACGAAACCUGCCCCUGAAACCUCUGCUCACGUUGGCGUCUAA